CAGCAAUGUCGGUUUAGAACGUAGCUGGCUAGGAAGCUAUUAUAGAAACCGUGUAUUAGACAGCUAGUAAUAUCCUGUUCUGUUCGUUCAUCAAAAAAGCAACAGUCCUGUUUUUCAUCAGCGAAAUUAAAAUGAAUGCCGACCGCUUCACGCUUACGGUUGAUGAGUACUUAGCUGAGAAGAAUGUGCUCUUCUACAUGGAAGAUGCAGUGAACCAGCUGCUGGAGCACAAGGAGGAAUACACCCAAUUUGGAAUUGCUCGAUACUUUGCUGAGUACUUUAGCAGUGUGAGGAAUGGGAAUCACAUCCUUUUCAGAGAGUUUGCCUACAUCAGGGCCACAUCUCACAACAGGGCCUCCUUCAUCCGCAUCUUCUGGAGGUGUUUUAGACAGAUCGGGAAGAAUGGAGAUCUCCUGGCUGUGAUGGAUUACAGCUCUCUCCUGCAGCUGCUCUGUCCAGACUUUCCACCAGAGAUGGUGCAAAAGACCGCAAGGAUCGUGUUGAUGGACGAUGCCAUGGACUGCCCCAUGUCCUUUGCCGACUUCCUCUACGCCUUUCAAAUCCAAUUCUUCUAUGAAGAAUUUCUAGAGAACGUUGCUGUGAUCUACCAGGGCCUUCUCUCUGGGAAGAGCCCCAACACUGUGAUCGUACCUACCUCUACUUCUGUAGAACAGCUCUCCCAGCUGGUGACUGAUGAGACUGCAGCGCAGGAGGGGGUGGACUCCUCUCUCUUCUCUGACUGCAUAGAGGUGCUCUGUGAGAGAUACAAGGACGACCACCCCUCCAGAUGUGCCAUUAAAGAGAUCCUUAAGCAAACACAACGCAUGACAUUCUAUGGCUUUCUAAUGGCCUUGGCCAAGCACGAGGGGAUCAGCCAUGACAUCGGAGCACUUCCAAACAAAGCAGACCUGCUCAUAGACCCUGUGAUGGACGAGGAGCUGGAGAAACUGUGA